UUCCAGGAAGAGAAGCGCAGGAGGGAGAUCGAGGAACGCCGGCGGUUCCCCCUGGAGCAGCGACUCCGAGAACACAUCAUUGGCCAGGAGAGCGCCAUCGCCACCGUCGGAGCCGCCAUCCGGAGAAAGGAAAAUGGAUGGUACGAUGAAGAGCACCCGCUGGUCUUCCUCUUCCUGGGAUCUUCGGGAAUAGGUAAAACCGAGCUGGCCAAGCAAACAGCCAAGUACCUGCACAAAGACGUCAAAAAGGGGUUCAUUCGCAUGGACAUGUCGGAGUUUCAAGAGAGACACGAGGUGGCCAAGUUCAUUGGUUCUCCCCCAGGCUACAUUGGUCAUGACGAUGGGGGGCAGCUCACAAAGAAGCUGAAGCAGUGCCCCAACGCCGUGGUCCUCUUUGAUGAGGUGGACAAGGCCCACCCAGAUGUCCUAACCAUCAUGCUGCAGCUCUUCGAUGAAGGCCGGCUGACCGACGGGAAGGGGAAGACCAUUGACUGCAAGGACGCCAUCUUCAUCAUGACCUCCAACGUGGCCAGCGACGAGAUCGCCCAGCAUGCUUUGGAACUGAGGGAGGACGCCGCGGAGCUGAGCCGGAAGAGAAUCGCCGAAAAGCUGGAUGACGUCCAGGUGACGGACAAGAUAACCAUCUCCAAGCAGUUCAAGGAGAACGUGAUCCGCCCCAUCCUCAAGGCUCACUUUCGGCGGGACGAGUUCCUGGGCCGGAUCAACGAGAUCGUCUACUUCCUCCCCUUUUGCCAAUCGGAGCUGAUCCAGCUGGUCAACAAGGAGCUGAGUUUCUGGGCCAAGCGGGCCAAAGCGAGGCACAACAUCACUCUGGUGUGGGACCGGGAGGUGAUGGACGUGCUGGCUGACGGCUACAACCUGCACUACGGAGCCCGCUCCAUCAAGCACGAGGUCGAGCGCCGGGUGGUGAACCAGCUCGCGGCGGCCUACGAACAGGACCUCCUGCCCCACGGCUGCACCUUGAGGAUCACGGUGGACGACUCCGACAAGCAUCUGCUCAAGGCCAGGGGUCAGGACAUGCCCCUGCCCGCCGAGGGCCAGCGGAAGUGCCCCACGCUGCGCCUGGAGAUCCUGGAGGACAGCAAAAGCCGGAAGCUGGACAUCCAGGCCCCCCUGAUGCCCGACGAAGCCUCCUACCCCUCCUAG